CAGAUCUGUAGCAACAUCGGCUAUUCAGAAGAUGGCAAGUUUUCAAAGAACUUCUCAAUCCCUCACUCUUGGUGCCGCUUUGUGUGCUUCUAAGAUAGGUCUUUCGAAGACGUGCCAGCUGGGUUACAUGGGAUCAUUUUGACACUCUAAAACCGGCCUGCUGUCAUGAGCGACAGGCAAGUUUUAGCUGCCAUUGGCAUGAAAACUGGUGGAGACUGUCGAUACUUUGAGCUUGUCCACCUGACAUGCGGUGACUUGAGACGAAAGUGCUUUGCUUGUGUGGGGAAGCACUCCUUAUUUUUCCUCAGGCAAGAUCUCAAUGGCCCACUUCAUGAUGAUGCUGAUGUUUACUACAGCCUGAUUGCACGAAUUAUUCAGGACGAAAACUCGGAUCAACAUUGCUUGCUGACCAUGACGGAGGAACUUCCAAAUUGGAAUUCAGAUCGGCUUUUCAUCAAGGCCGAGAAUCGAAGCCUUUUCUUGCGACAUUUGCGAUGCAAUUGGCAGACUGACCACAUGUGGCGACUGGGUCGGGUGGUGGUCUUUCCACUGAGCAGCCACCCAAUAACAAAGGAGCGUAGUUUUGACAACUAUGUUUUGCCGUAUCAAGGUUAUCGCUGGACAAAAUUUCAAGGAUACCGUUUCAUGCUGCCAGAGCGUUUCUCAGACCAAGCCAAUUCGAUUCAAGAUUCAGAGACUGGUGAGUACGUGGACGAGCACGGUAUCAGCUUAGUGGUGCAUGUGCACGAAGCAUUCAGUUUAGAGCAGCUUGCGCAAAUCUACAGAGACAACAUCCGUUGGGUGGCUGCCGAUUACAAGACACAACUUUGCUCCGAAGAGAAGCAAUUCUAUGUCAUAAAGAAUUGCAGUCGUGACAAGCGCAUGAAUCUCGCUGCUGAUGUAGCUCAGUGGCAUCAGUGGGAGCUCAUCAUCCGAACAAGACAGGCAACGAUCCUUUGCUUGGUGAUGAGGCGACAGUACAUACCACCUGCCUGCUGCAAUGCCCAAGACAUUGCGGUGCUUUUGCGCUGUCCUGAAGAACAUUGGACAGAUAGAGAGACCAGUUUGCUACUGGAAGCAUACCUGAUAGCAGACUCCCUAUGUACGGACUCUCCUAACGUGUCUGUUUAUCGGGAUGUGGUGCAGGCGAAACUUGAUGCACUGAGAUUUGAUGAAGAGGGCACGGAGUGGAUAGCAACGCAUUUGAAGCUCAAGACAUGUUGGGAAGUUGAAGCGGUGCGGCUUGUGAAGAGUAUUUGGAAGCUGUACUGUGAUGACAAAGUCGAGGGAUAUGACCCAAAGGUUCUAGAGAUGUCCCCGCAGGAAGUGCUCAUGGAUUCAGGUAAUGCCGAAGAAUGGGCAGAGCUAGAGUGCAUUGACAACUUUCAGACUUUCUUCACCGACAUGUUGACUCGUGGGGAGGGCCUUCCGUUGAGUGGUACGCAAGCAGAUGCCCUGGAUGAGGACACCAAGCUGCGAAUUCAGCACAGCUGGCAUGCCAGGGUCGCGCGCUAUUUUGCCUGGGCAGUGGAUGGCGGACUUUUGGGAGCCAGGUUCAACUUGGAACUGAUGAUCGAAGGACUGUCCGCACUGACUGAGGAGCACUACAAAAAGGCUUAUGCCGCUUUUCUGUUUCUGCUGCAUUUGCGACCUCGAGACCUGACCAAGCCUUUUCACGAGGUGAGCCUGGCCCAGCAGAUGAAAGAUAAAAACCUCAGCCAGUGGAUGUUCAACGAUCGAGUGAUGUUGGCCGUUCUGAGCACGGACUUCCUGAAGAAACAAAUCGGGAAAGGAAGAGACGCGGACUUUUUCCGUUGCUUAGCCAACCUUUUGGAGGCUGGCUGUGGAGUAACCCUGAAAGCCUACAUUUGCAGACUCUUCAUGGAAAUGAGAGCGCAGCCAGAGGCAAAGGCUAAAGAUGAGGACGUGUCGGCUGAUCUCAUUGUCGUCCCUUCAAUGCUUUCCCUCUUGAAGUCUGGGGGGAACUUCCUGGCGGUGUAUGCUUCAGCAGCCUUGGUCAAUCUCAGCAGCGGCAACCAGGCCGUGAAGAUGAUUCUUAUGGGUCAAGGUAUGGCCAAGACGGCUGUGCGGAAUAUUCAAUCGAAGGAUGAUGACCUAAGUUACUACACGCUGAUGCUCAUGGUGAACCUCACCAAGGAGCCCCACAAUCGAAGUGUUAUUGCCAGUGCCGGUCUGAUUCCCUUGCUCUAUGAUAUUCUCACGUCAUCCUAUUCUCAAGUCCGACCUGCGAAAAAGCGGCAAACCAUGCAGAGUGCUGCGUUAGGCAGUAUUGCAAAGGAACGGUUGUUGACGCAAACAUGUAUAGUGGUUGGACAGUUCUGUAAUGAUGACCGCUUCCGUGAGCAAUUCAUCGACAUGUAUCCACACACUGUGAAGUGCCUCUUGUACAUCUUUACGACGGUCAGCUUCGGCUCGUUCUUGUCAUCCAAGACCAUGUUUGCACUCAAGCAGCUUUGUGCCAGCCGGAAUGACCAGAAGCAUCACAUCGGCACACAUGCUAUCCCACACUUGAUCGACAGCUUGUCAGACAAAGAAGCUGAAAAGCCAACGGAGUGCAUCUACCAAUCGCUGUUGCUCCUGAUUAUGCUAUCCGGCCUACAAACCAACACUGAGCUAAUGUACAGAGAGGGGCUAAUUCAAGUCUUAGAGGAGCUUGGCGAGCACUCUUCUGCCAAGCGCAGUGACGGCUUCCACAACCACGUUGGACAGCUCAUGCAAAGCAUGGGCGAGAUAGCUGCAGCAGACAAUAAGUAAAGCAGUGAUAGCUCACUCAAUCUGUAGCACUCGCCUGCCAAAG